AUGACGACUCAAGACGUGGAGAUGAAAGAAAACCAAACCCCAACUCAAUCCAUCGUCUCUCCUACAACCUCAACCCUUCAGUAUCUGAAGGAGAGUGCAGCUCUGGUCGAUUCAGGCUCCUACACCCAAGAAGUCUGCCGUGUUGCUCGUGUUGUGCGUCUCACCGUCAGACUAAGAUAG